AUGUCGUCACUCUGGGAUGCGUUUUCUGGUCGCAAGUCCUCUCAGAAGGAUGCAGGUGUUCCCCAUACUCCCGCCGCCCAAGAACCCACAACCACCUUCAACAGCCCGCCCGCGACCACCACUACCCAGUUCGACCCAUCAGCAGGAUCUGGUGUCGAGUCUUUUCUCCAAAGUUCCUCUUUUGCCGACCCGUCGCAACUACACCCCCUCUCCGGUCUGAACAAGGACACUCUCGAAUAUCUCUCCCUCGACGAUGCGACCCUGGCCGACGCUCCUGGCCAGUCUGUCCUCCCCUCUCGAGGCUUCACCGACGACCUCUGUUACGGAACCGGUGUCACAUACUUGGCUGCCUUGUCGAUAGGAGGAGCUUGGGGUCUUCAGGAGGGUCUGAGAAGAUCCGUCAACCAGCCGCCGAAGCUGCGUCUCAACUCAGUGCUCAACGCCGUCACCCGCCGCGGCCCUUUCCUCGGCAACUCGGCCGGCGUCGUCGCCAUCACCUACAACCUAUUCAACGCUGGUAUCGGCUACUUCAGAGGGAAGCACGACGCCGCAAACACCAUCUUGGCCGGCGCGCUCAGCGGAAUGGUCUUCAAGAGCACGCGGGGUUUGCGGCCUAUGCUGAUUUCUGGUGGUAUUGUGGCCUCCGUGGCUGGUACCUGGGCUGUUAUUCGCAGCACCUUCUUCGCCGCCCCGGAGCCUGUGCAUUCCGAGCGAGCCACCUUGUAA